AUGGGGCAAAAAGGGGAAGCCAUCAAACAUGGUGAUAGUGGGGGGACGGAACAAGAUGGGGAAUGCAGCAUAAAUGGCGAGAGGGAUGAGAAAGAACAAAACGGAGAUGUGGUGGAACCCAUACAAUUUGUAGAUGUCAACUUAAGGAAUAUUUUCGACCUGGACAUAACAGAGUUGGAUAUAAAAAGAGUGAAUAACCAUAUGAAACUAAGUGACAUAAGCCAGCUAUACUACUACCUAAACAAGAAUUCUUUUUGCUAUACAUCGGAGGAGAGGCCUUACAUUUCAAACAUGUUGCAAUUGAAAUCCUUUUUCUCCUCCAAUGAUGUUGAAAAUUAUGAAAUUCUUGAGCAGCUGAAGCAACAUGACGCGAGAGAAAAUUCGGGGAUGCGCAAAUUCGACCUCGGCCGGGUUGUGGCACGCAGCAAGCUUGAGGAGACAGAAAUGAUGGGAAUGUCAAGGGGGAAGAGGGGCCUGCAGAAGGUCCGAGCCUCGUGGAAUGAAUACGGCGAUGUUACGCAGAUGGGCGGGGGGGAUGACGACAGUGGUGCUGAUGUGCAAACCGAUGUGGGGGAUGAAUGGGGGGGUUGCCGCUAUGCUGCUAGCGGCCGCCAUGAUGGUAAUGACCGCGAUGCUGCUAGCGACCGCAAUAGUGAUGAUGGAGGUCCUCUCUGCGGGACGACACCCAAGGGAGGGAAUAACCAAAGGAAGAGGAGGCAUCAUACCGCCGGCGAAGCGUGGCACACAUCCGCGUCGUCCACAAAUUCGUGUCACUCCUCCGAGUCGCUCUCCUCAACCAGUUCCUACUCGUUCUGCUCGUCCACUUCAUCAUCGUCCCCGUCGUGCUGCUCUUCCUCCUCAUCCUCUUCCUGCUCCCUCUCUGCAUUCUCACCGAACAGAGCAAAUAGGAGUGGGAAAAAAGCAACCCACAUGAGCAAUUUAAAAAUUCUCGAUGUAAUCAAAAAGUACAAUGAAAAUUUAGAAAAAAUGGAAAAAAAAAAAAAAAAAAAAAUUAAAAGCCAAAUUGGAAAGCUACAUAAAUAUGACACGGUUAGCAUCCAAGGACAUAGCAACCAGAUUGUCAUGUCUCAGAUAUAUAAGUUUUUGAGAAGAAAAAGCAGCGUCAGUAUUAUAGGCCAAUUGAUAUAUAGCAGUAGUGACUGCAAGAAAUUUCUAUACAAUAACUUUGAUUGUCAUAUGAACAGGUGGAAUGUGUUGCCCUGCUUGGGGUACCUCAACGACAUUAGCGAACAACAGGUUCUUCACAGGAUCCAGGUUUAUACCUUUUACGAGUUCCUUUACCUGUUUGAUGAGUUUCCCCUGUGCUGUCAGCAUAAUAGGAGGUUUAGCGCGGCCCACUUAGGAGCAGAAGGCAGCCGCAAGGAAGGAGCAACCGGGGAAGUCACACCGGGAGAAGCAAAUCACAGCGGUCCCUGUGAGUACGACGAGGAGAUCGUAUUCAAUUCAGCGCAGCGGGAGAAGAAGAACAGCAGCAACCGGAGGGACCAAACCAGCUGCAGCUUCAGAGUAUUUUACUACGAGCAAUUCUUGGACAAAAAUGCCCGGAUGGUUCCUGAGGUAGCCAAAAAUUGCAUAAGUAUAAACAGGAGCACCGGGGAAGAUCUCCAUUUUUACGUAAAUUCAAACGUGUACAUAACGAUGAGAGAAACCUACAAUGUAUUCUGUGACCCAAACCAUACCUACGUGCUGACACACAAACGUUUUGAGUACCUUUACUUCUUCUGUUUCAGUUGCGACACCUAUUAUGACAUAAAUAUAUUCCUGUGUCACCUUCUAUAUAGCCACAGGAAUGGCUUCAACAGUUCCGACUCAUCUGGAGACUUCACCAAAAUGUCUCCCUUUGUGAACAAGUACAAAAAAACAUAUGACAUACGGAUCAAAAGACAAAGGGUAAAGCAAACGGAUAUUUAUUUUAUCUGCCCGAAUUGUAUUCUCAAUAAUGUGUACCAUGUGAUGGAACACCUCUCUUUUUUUUUCUACUUUUGCGAUUUGGUUAACUCGCGUAAUCAUAAUUUUUUAAUAUACAAUGAGUACAUGAAAAAUAUUUUCCAGCUUGACCUUCCCUUUUUCUCCCUGUACAAUGUGCCCAAGGAGGAGGCGCUGCUAAAUGCUCAGAAAAAAAAAAUGCCACUUGUUGAGAAGGGCAAAAAUCUUCCUGCACAGAAGGGAACCAAGAGAAAAAAAACUUCCCCGGUGUGUGCAAACGGGAAACGGAAGAGCAACAGGAGCGGUAAUAACAUCACCGUCGACAGUAGCAACACCACCAGCAGUAGCAAUACCGUUGGCAGUGAGCGCUCCGCAGUUCGGGCACAGGCACUAGUGGUCCCCGCCCCGCACUCGCCGCACUCGCCACCCACGCGUGAUCGUCACUGCGGAGUGGCCGAACGCGGGGCCCAAAAGGCGCACAGGAAUUCGCGAGCGGGCAUGGCGAGCGAAGAAGGGGAAAAGGGACAACUCGGGGGGGAAGCCAACGAGAUGGAAGAUGCAAACGAAGUGGAAGGAGCAAGCAAAGUGCAGGGACCCACCGAAGUGGAAAACCCCAGCAAUCAGGCAGAACGAAGCCGUGUGAAAGGCGAGUUGGCCUCUCUACCGGGCCAAGCGGAACGCGCAGCAAGUUCGGAUGGGCAGCAGGAACCCCUCGAUGAUAACCCCGAAGGGGAGGAGGCAGGAAGAGGAAAGCCCUCCCCACAGGGGCAGCACACCUUCAAGGAAGAAACCGGAAGCAGCAAAAGACGAAGCGACAGGAAGAGGAAGAAAAAAAAGGAAGACGACGAUGAGCUGUUUGAUGAGGCGUGCUUGUCAAACGAAAGCGAAGAUGAAGAUACCUUCGAAGAUGACCUGGCUGGACACACGGACGAAGAUAUUGUGGAGGAGAAUCAAAUUUUGUUUGAAGAGGUGUACAGCGGGGACUCUGAUUUUUGCACCGAGGAGCAGGCGUCCGGGCGGAAGAGAAGGAAGAAGACGGGCAAGAAAGGGAGGCCACCCAAGAGGGAGAGCGCCAAGGGGAAGAAGAGCGCCACGAAGGAGAAAGGAGCCACUGCGGCAGGGGGGGCCCCUUGCGUGGGGACCGUCCCAUGCGGUGGGAACUUUGGCGAUGGAAAAAUCAGCGGUGGAAACCUUGGCAGUAGGAACUCCAUCGGUGGGAACUCCGUCGGUGGGAAUUCCGUGGGGGGAGAGAAGAAGAAGGAAGAAGAUUACAAAACGCUCCUCAAAAACGUCAACCGAGCAUGUAAGGAAGACGACGCAGCAAACAGAAGCAUAAGUAAAUACACCAAAGUGAUAAACAAAAUAAAACAUGCUCUCGACAAAGAAGAGACAACUAUAGACACAAAGGAACUGAGUGAAAGAAUCGUGAAAGGAGUUAUACACACGUUCAAUGACAAGAUGGAAAUCAAGAUGAAAUUAUUUUCCAUCUGUUCUAAUCUGAUACGGAAGGACAACUCUGAAUUGAGAAAAAAGAUUCUCAAUGGAAUAAUACAUGCCACAGACCUAGCUCACAUGGAUUCAUCUGACUUAGCUCCGAGCAGUUUGAAGAACAAGAGAAAGGAACACGAGAGGAAGUACUUCUAUGAAAAUAUUUACCUGCGUGAAAACUUCCUCGAUUUGAAAAACAUUAAAAAUCAGGAGGAAGAGGAAGUUUUCCAUCACCCAAGUGACAUUUUGGCGCAGAAGGUGCAAGUCAGUACUUUGCAGGAGGAGCAGGAAGGGAAUCACCAGGGGAAUGGAGUGCAUAGCGAGGAUAGUGUACUGAAUGGCCACGAUAGUGGAGUUAAUGACGACCAUAGUGAGGUGAAUGGCAAAGGGAUAGGAGUAAACGAUGAAGGGCUCAUUCAUCCAUGUGAUGGAAAAAAGACAGCGUCUUCCCAUCAGAGUGAUGAAUUCGAUCCGUUAAAACAUCGGGAUAGCAAUGGAGAAGAGAAAAAUGUCAUCCCCUCCAGUAACAGUAACGCCAACUUGAGCGAUUCGAAACAAAGGAGAAAAGGAUCCUCCGGAAAUGAAGACCAGGAGAAGAACCUCUGUUUGAUGAUACCACCGAUGGAGAAGUACUCCUUUGAAUUUACCUACCACAAUUUGAAGGGCGCUUAUGAACACAUGCCCAAGUAUGCCUCAUCUCCCAUCCUGACUUUCUUGGACAACUCCUACAACCGAAUCGUUUCCAUCAUCGAAGCGAGCAAGAAUGAGCAGCUCUGA